UAGGGCUUGAUGACCUUCCCUGAUGUGGCUGUGAGCUUCUCCCUGGAGGAGUGGCUGUACCUAGACUUCUCUCAGAGGAAGCUCUACAGAGAGGUGAUGCUGGAGACCUAUGAGCACCUGCAGGCAGUAGAACUCAAGCCAGAAAUCCAUCCUUGUACCUUCUGUUUUCUCGCCUUCUCCAGUCAGAACUUCCUCAUUAGUCACAUGAAACGAAGUCAUCCCUCUUGGGUCCUCCUGGGAGCAUCUGCAAGAAAGCACCCUCAGUCAGAGAAUUCCUUUCCACGUGAUGAGAACAAAUGGCAGCAGCAUUCUGAUUCAUAUAAUGACAAACCAAAGAAUUACAUACUUGAAAGUCAAAAGCACAAAAAGACCUCCAUACAUAUGGCUAAUAGGAUGAGGCAUAGAAGAAUUUCAGUCGCCUUUUCUAAACUAUUUAGCUGUCAAAUAGAUAGCCCUAGUAAACAGAUGCCAAUGGAGGAAGACAUUAACACCGCCCUGAAAGAAAAUCCAAAGGACACAGGUGGAGUAGUUUCAGGGAUAGAGCAAGGCUUCAGUGAUGGAUUAGAUCUCAUCACACAUCAAAUGACUCACACGGUGGAGAAGCCCCAUGUAUUGGGUGUGAAAGUUAAUUCCUUGUUUACUUUCCCGGAGGCCUCAGCAGUGUUACAGUUGUCAGUGUUUUGA